GGCUGGCUGCGCGGAGCGACGAUGGCUGGGAGCGAAAGGGAGCGAGGGGGGAGGGAGAGAAGGAAGGCGCUUGAGCUGAGCUGAGCUAAGCUGAUCCCACGUGUGAAAGGAUCUGGCUGGUUCGCCGGCUUCUCUCUCUCUCCCUCUCUCUCCCCCCGUCCAACCAGUAAUAUUCACCGGUAGCAGACAAAAAAAAAAGAGAGAGAGAGGGAGAGAGAGAGAGAAAGAAAGAAAGAAGGAAAGAGAAGAAAGCGAAGUGAUCGGAGGAAGGGGGGCAAAAGAAGGGGAGAACGAACCCGGGGGGAGGGUGGGGGGGUCCUACCAAGGGGGGGGCUCUUGUUUCUCUCUCUUUCUCCCUCUCUCUCUCUCUCCCCCCCCUCCGCGGGCUUGAGUCGUCCUUCUUGGCCGCAGUCAUGGAGGCGGAUGGGAGUCAAGCGAUCUCGGGGAGCCCCAGCGACUCGCAGCACGACCCCGGUAAAAUGUUUAUUGGCGGCCUGAGUUGGCAGACCUCGCCAGAUAAUCUUAGAGAUUAUUUUAGCAAAUUUGGAGACAUUAGGGAAUGUAUGGUCAUGCGGGACCCAACUACGAAACGCUCCAGGGGGUUUGGCUUCGUUACAUUUGCUGAUCCGGCAAGUGUUGAUAAAGUAUUAGCUCAACCUCAUCAUGAAUUAGAUUCCAAGACGAUUGACCCCAAAGUUGCAUUUCCCCGACGAGCUCAGCCUAAGAUGGUCACAAGAACAAAGAAAAUAUUCGUAGGUGGAUUAUCAGCUAAUACAGUAGUGGAAGACGUAAAGCAGUACUUUGAGCAGUUUGGCAAGGUAGAAGAUGCCAUGCUUAUGUUUGACAAGACCACCAACAGACACAGAGGAUUUGGCUUUGUAACUUUUGAGAACGAAGACGUGGUGGAAAAAGUCUGCGAAAUUCAUUUUCAUGAAAUCAAUAAUAAAAUGGUGGAAUGUAAGAAAGCACAACCUAAAGAAGUUAUGUUUCCACCCGGGACAAGAGGGAGAGCUCGUGGAUUACCAUAUACCAUGGAUGCUUUUAUGCUUGGAAUGGGAAUGUUGGGUUACCCAAAUUUUGUCGCAACCUAUGGCCGAGGAUAUCCUGGAUUUGCCCCCAGUUACAGUUAUCAGUUUCCAGUGCUUUCCGUGGGAUCUUCAAUCAAACCCAGUUACCCAGGUUUUCCAGCAGCGGCCUACGGACCAGUAGCGGCAGCAGCGGUGGCAGCAGCCAGAGGAUCAGGGAUCCCCGAUUAUGGUUUCUAUUCUCCGCCCGGUGACCAACGGGCUCCAUUAUCGUAUGCGGACUAUGAUUCCAUGGGGCCUCGGGUGGCUCAGAUGCUUCGUAGCGAGCACCCUGCUUCAGCGAGUAACUCCCCCCUCCACCACCUUCCCAGCCCGGAUCAGUUUAAAAGCCCAGUCUUGAAUAGCUACAGUGCUCAACCGAAUUUUGGCGCACCCGCUUCCCCGGCAGGCUCCAAUCCAGCCCGACCUGGAGGAUUUCCAGGGGCAAACAGCCCGGGUCCAGUUGCAGACCUCUACGGUACAGCCAGUCAAGACUCCGGUGUGGGUAACUACAUAAGUGCUGCCAGCCCCCAGCCUGGCUCUGGCUUUGGGCAUGGAAUUGCUGGGCCUUUGAUUGCAACGGCUUUUACAAAUGGAUACCACUGAAACGUUACACAGGGUUGGUUGCCAUCUCACUUGGAGAGUAUAUCUGGAUGUCCAGGCAAGACAGGGCGAAGUUUCUGAAUGGUUCCAUAUUUAGGUGACACGUCUUCAGACUUUGACCAUUGCACCAUAAUCAGUAACCCACACAAACUGGAGGUGGCACUCAGUGGAUUUGGGUUGUCCAAAAUCGGUAUCAUCUCAUGAACCUGCUGUACUAUAUAGAACAACAGCUUUUUAAAACAAAUGUGUAUAUAUAUAAUCCAUUUUUGUUCAUGUUAUUUUUGUUGAUGUUUUUUUCCCCUUUGAGAUCUAUUUUAAUCACUUUUUUGUAGUAUUUUGACAUAGGCUUAUAAUCAAAGUAGAUCUGCUACUUUGUGUAUUUAGGAAAACCCUAACCAUAUUCUAACUCUAUAUCUUAAAGGUUUCUUUGCUUUGCUUUUUAAUUCCUUUCCCUAUUUCUUUCUUUUUAUGUAAUUUUGUUGCUGAAAUGGUAACAUGAUUUUCAGUUUAUUGGUACCAAUUUUGAAGUUGAAAAGGCUUUUUCAGGUGGAAUUUAGCACACACUGAAUUUAGAAUUAGAGCAAGCAAGAAAAGUAAGUGGAAAUACUCUCUUUUAUGCUGGAUGGGAAAUAGGAGGCUGGCUCAGUAGCAGGAUCUCUAGCAGUUCUUUUUAUUAGUUAGCCUAAUUAUAUCUAUUUUCGGCAAUAAAGUAAGGACUACAAAGUUUUUUGUGUCCUUUUUCUAUAAGUGCAUUUUUUGUUGUUAAAAAAGAGGCGAUAAGGUUUUUUGAAAUUGUGAAAUCUAAAAAUAGUAAUACUGUAAAUACAAUUCCAUUAACUUGCAUAUAAACUAUUAAAAAAAGAGAAAUUGUAAUAUUUUUGUGAUGGAGUCAGAUUAAGGCAGUUUCUGUACUGAACGGAAGAAAAAGAUUAAAACUAGGGGCACACAUCCCAACAGAAUCUUCUCUUCUGCAGGUUCUUUUAUAUGAAUGGAAAGUGUGUGAGGGCAUUGAGGUCCUCACUCAAUUCCCAUUUAUCUCGCCAGUGCAUGCAGGGGACCUUUCCGCUGGAUCGUGCCCCAAUGUUUUUAAACUUGUGAGAUCGACUGCCAGAGCUGGCCCGUAGCAGUUAGAUCAACACUGUUUAGCUUGCUCUGUAGAUGUUAGACCUUAUAACUGUACUAGCGUCAUACCAGCAUAUUAACUAGACCUCUGUGCACAGCUUUUAACGUAACAGUCUAGUUACAUUUUUAAGUUAAAAAAAACUGCUUUUCCCAAGAUUGAAAAAGCUACAUUUUUAAUAUUUAAAAAGGUAUUUAAAGUUUCAAGCACACUUUUUUUAACCAUUUAGAUCACCUGACUGUCCAUCCAUCUCCGCCAGCCCCGUUGCCUGCAGCCCUCGCGCCAAGCCAGCCUUGAGGUCUUGGAAGGUCCCAGCUGUGGGGAGGGGCAGAAAAAGCAUGCAUCUUCUCACCUUUUACCCAUCCUUUUUCCAUUCUUUUCUAAUUCACAAAUUAGAAAAAGCAAAGGUUUAUUUUAAACAAAUCGUUAUGAAUACCUCAGUGCUACAAGUUUGUCACCCUAGAUGCAAGAGAAGCUUAAUUUAUUGUAGAUGAAAACAGAUUUGAAAAAAAAUGUAUAAAAACAUCAUUGCACUGUGACUGGUAGGGGAAAACUGACAAUUUCCAAUUUGCACAUGUUUAAUGUUUGGCUGUUAUAUAUAUGGUCCUCUGCUGGGGAGGAGACUUAUGAAGGAUAUUUUUUAAUUUAAUUUUUUAAAUAUGGGUCAAAUAGGCUGGCAACAGCAACUCCAAGUACAACACAGUAGGUGAUAUUACAAGCAUAACUAUAGUGUGGAUAUAUUCUUUUUUUAAGCAUUAAUAUUGACAAGUUUUAUUAAUAUUUUUUUAAAUUGUUACGUUUAUAAAUUUGGUACUCUAGGUACAGCCAGAAUAAGACACUGAAUGAGACAUUUGUUAAGAGAAAAAAAAAAGCUGCUGCACUCCUAUUUUUGUAAAAUUUUACUAACCGGUAGGCUAACAUAGAUGUUCAAUAGGCAAGUUAGAGCAAAGCAUCUUCGAUCCCUCAUGGAGGCACCAUAAUGCGAACUGUAAGGAGGAGGGGAAGAACCCCAUUCCCCCGUUUUCAAAGCAGACGGCAAAAAUAAGACGUUUUGCUGGAGGGGGGUGGCUGUUGUCUGUUUUCAGUUUUUAUUUUCUUACUUGGAAACAACCAGGUUUAAAAGCCAGAAUGCUGGACGCUUUUUAAAGUUGCUGAGACUUGAUCAAGUAGUACACUAAGAAUAAUAAAAACGAAAUCAAAUAAAUAGAAGGAAUUAAUCGCAAACCAAUUCCCUGAGACUCGAGUGUGUUUUUACAAAAAAAAGAGCGAGAAAAAAAGAAAAAAGUCAGGGAUGAUGAUGAUGAUGAUGAUGAUGAUGAUGAUUACACUUUAAUCAAGAUAGACGCCAUCCACGUGCAGCCUGUCAGGAGUACCUGGGGGUGAAUUUCCUUUUGAACGAUGGAGGUCUCUUUGAUUUUCACAGAGCUUCCCUGGUGGAGUUUCUGGGAAUGUGUGCCUGUACUGUAGACUAUCAUGUGUUCCUCCUCCUCCUCCUCUUCCUCCUCCUCCCUCGGUCCCUGGCACCUCAUAGAAGAUUCUUUGUUGAUCAUUGUUGUAUGUUAAUAAUGUAUAAAAAUGACUAUCUUGUAAGAGUGCUGUCCUGAUUCUAGUGUAGUGACACCCCUCCACACACACCCUUUCUCUUCUCUUCCCCUUCUAGUACAUACCGUAGUUGUAUUGUAAGGUUAAAUACAUAGAUGUAGUUAUUCAGAUUUAGGACCAGUAAGGAUAGAACUUUCUCUUAUUUAAGGCAAAAAGAGAUGCUAAUAAUUUGGGGGCAGGUUUUUGUUUUAUUUAAUUUCUGUUUUGGCUCUUUUUCUUUCUGCUGUUCUCAUGUGGUUUCAAAUUAACCAAAGGCUUCACAAGGUAGAAAGAAAGAAAAAGAAAGAAAGAAAGAAAGAAAGAAAGAAAGAAAGAAAGAAAGAAAGAAAGAAAGAAAGAAAGAAAAAGAAAGAGAAAAUGCUGGCAAAACUACUGCAGCAUUUUGCAGAUUCCCCCACCCUUCAACUUUUUAUAAAAAGGGUGUGCCAUACUACCUUAAAUGCUAAUGCUAGAUAUGCAAAACUGGAAUUUUUUAGUUUAUUUUUUAAAAUAAAAAAGAGGGAGGCAUGGUAUAAUGAAAUGAUUUUGCAAAGAGAAAAAAAGUAUUUUUUUAAAAGAAAGAAUACUCUGAAGAAAAGUUGAUAAUCUCUGUGAAUAUGUUUUAGAUAGUUCUAUACCUUCUGGGAAGCCCCUGUGGCCCAGAGCACAACUUGUGUGGAACCUGGUAUGUUUUUUAGGUGGCUGCCUAGAGUAAGGUUCAUUCUGUUCCCUCACUCAUCUAGAAGUCCAUAUUAAAAUAUUUGAGGAUUUGCUUUCAUUUUGGGAAAUUAAUUUUAAACACAGAAGGUUCAGCUGCAACUUUAUUUUAGUCAAGAGAACAGGCAGAGAUUGCCAUCCCAGCAUUGUAUUGUUUUGUUGCAAACCAAUCCUGGCAAAGAUUGCCUUGGAGCAAGGGGGGUCUGCAGGGAAGAGGCAAAAGGUCAGAAUGGCAUCCACAACCAUGCGAUUGAAGCCCCGUCCUUUUUUUACAAACACCACAAUGGUUCGGGCUUCGAUCGCAUGGCUGGGGAUGUCAUCUUGACUUCUUCAUCCCCCAUCUUGUGAAUGCUCCUGUUUUGGAGUUAGCAAAAAUCAAAAUGUAGUUCUAUGGUGCAAAAUGCACCGUUAGUAUAUAGCAGUAGGUACUUUGCACAUUUCCAUGGAGAGCAUUGAAAAAUGCUGUUUUGUGCCUCAGGACAAGUUAUCCGUUGAUAAAGCAAUCUGGAUAUCAGAAACCCAGUAAGAGGUGUCAGAAGGAUCGAAAAGAUUAGAAAUAAUUUAGUAUUACAUUUUGUUUUGAUUUGGUUUUUGCUACUUACUUGAACAAAGGGCCAGAAUUUCACCCAUAGGCUAUUGGAGUUCAUCUUGUUUCUCUUCCCACCAAAGGGGAAAAAAACAAAUUGUCAUCCAAUUUUAAGUUGAUGUUGACUUGAUUAAAACAAAGAGCAACCUGUCCCUUUUUCUUUCCUAUUUGCAUAAUGUUGAUUUUGAUUUGAAUUAGUAGCUUGGACUUUAAGGUAGCAUGGCUCUGUUGCUGUAAUUUUUCUUUCUCUUGUACAGCAGUAUAUUCACAAGCUGAUGAAUGUGACACAUCCUGCUAGGCUAGUUGAAUCAUUGGACAAUUGUUGGUAAAUAAUAAUGACCUGAAAGGUGUACAGACUUUUAAUUUUCUUCUCUCCUCCCCCUGGCCAUUAACCCUCCACAGCUCUUUCAGUCUGGAGUGUGAAUGUGGGCUAGGGAGUCCAGCCACCAAAAACAUUAUGUUUCAUUUUCCAUCUAAUUCAAUGCAAGAUACAAAAAGACUAAAGCAAUAUAGUUUUACUACAUUUUUUCCUCAAAUGUCAGCCAUGGUUAUGUAAUAUAUAUAUUGCAUAUAAAAUUGUUUACAAAAAACACUACUUAUUUUUUACUCUUUAGUGUAUUUGCUUGAAAGGUUUCCUACUUGUUUUUGGUUUGGUUUUUUCUUUCUGCCAAGUAAAAUGGUUGGAAAAGCAGACUGAAGCUGGUCUAACUAUAUUUUGAGUGACGGGGGCCUUAGACACACUGGCAGAUUCAACAAAAAAAUCUGCAUCAAUACACUGUAGAGUUUCAUAAAGGGUGCAGAAUCUAAUUCCAGUCCAUUUCUCGCCGUGUGCAAGCACUACAUGAGAUUCUGCCAGCUAAGCAAUACUUUAAUACUGUAAUAAGAAUUCUACCAAAAAAUAAAAAAUAAAAGUUCAGAAACAAAGCUGUUUGUUCACCAGUAACCAAACAAUCAGAAUGUAUUGUCUUUACAGAAUUUUGUUUCAAACAAAAAGCAAACUGAAGUCACCCAUGCUAUAUAACCUGUGUUCUGUAUAUAAGCCACCACACGUGGGAUGUAUCAUUUUGAACUCUAGUGAUAGCAGAUAAUCUCAUUAUAUAUGUUGUACAUGUCUUGGAAUUCCAUCAGUAAUCCAAUGUAAAGUUUCAGCGUUUUCAGAUGAUUCUAAAUUUUCAGCCUUCCUCAACCAGGUGCCCUCCAACUAUGCUGGGGCCUCAGCUCUCAAAGGCCCAACAUUUCGAGCAUUACAGUCCCAACACAUUUGGACAGGCCAUGCUGGAGAAGGAUCCUCUAAAUGUAUUUAAUCAGCAAUGACACAGUGGCCAGGCCUAGCCCCUUCCUUUUAUAUUUUAGUAUGAACUGAUGCGAACUUUGGUAGUGAUUUUUUAUAUACAUAUAUAAAUAUAUAUAUAUAUAUAUAUAUAUAUACCCACACACACACACAGACAUAUAUAUAUAUAUAUAUAUAUAUAUACACACGUGUAUCUAUAUAUAUCAAGCAUCUUUCAGGUCUCUGUGUAUGGCUUUCUGAAGCCCUGUUGUAAAAAUACUACAUGGAUGGGGGUCUCUCACAUCACAGAUGUGGAAAGUAUAAUUUUAUAUUUGUAUUUUCAAAUAAAUAAGUUUGUGAAAGGUUUCCAUCCUCUACUGUGGUCCAGAAAAUCAAUGUGUUUGUCUCAGAAAAAAUAAUAAAAAAACCUGUUUUGAA